CUUCACUUGCGCAGUGAAUUCUAAAUUGUCAAUAAACCGCUAGCAGGUCAUAUGUAAAUAUUAGAAGAUGUGAUAAAGUGUUAGAAUGACACAGUUAUAUUCCAUGAUUGGUGACAAUUAUUUAUUGGAAUCCAGAUUACGGAGCAGGAUAGACAAGGACUAUAUUGUGUAUUACUUAUAUUGAAGACAGUGGAUACACCAAACUAUGAUCAUGUGAUAUACAGAUUCAAUGAAGAUGGACUAUCCAUCGCCUUGCAACCAUCAUGUCAGAGUUCCAAGUUGUGAUUUCCCCAAACUUCCGAAGCAGCUUGAUGAAAUCCCGUCUGCAAAUGAAUUUCCGUUGUUCCGACACCGCUGGAAUUCCAAUGAAGAGGUGGCAGCUGUGCUGACUGCAUUUGACAAACAUAAAGAAUGGAUGUCACUAGAGGUCAAAAUCAGGCCCCCCAGUGGUUCUAUGAUACUGUACAGCAGAAAGAAAGUCAGAUACAAAAAAGAUGGUUACUGCUGGAAAAAAAGAAAAGGAGGAAAAAAUAUACGAGAAGACCAUAUGAAGCUCAAAGUUCAAGGGUUAGAGUGUAUUUAUGGUUCCUAUGUACAUUCAGAUAUUCUACCCACUUUCCAUAGAAGAUGUUAUUGGUUGUUACAAAAUCCUGACAUCGUGUUAAUUCAUUAUUUAAAUGUCCCCUAUCCUGACGAUGGUAAGGUAAAGAUUCCCAUGAUGCCCGGUUCUGUAGAGAAGAAAGAAUGGACGAAAGAAGAACUAGUAGAACAGCUAAGACCAAUGUUUUCUGCUGGUAGCUCAGAUCAAAUGCUUGAAGAAACAGUAGAAAAACUAGUAAAGCACCUUAUACAGUACCAUGAAAGUCAGGACAAGACCAAAGGUCAAAAUAUAGGUUACAAGAAGAUAAGUUGUCAUUCCAAGCUAGAAGAUGGGGCCAGUUCAACAGGGGACCCAUCUUCUGCUUCUAUUCCUGAUGAUUCUCAGUGUAAAGACAUAUUAAUGAACACAGUUUGUCAACUGAAUGCUAAAACUCAACAGUCUUUCCCUCAGGCACCCCAUCAAAGACAUUCAGGAGUUUUACAUAUCCAGCCUAAAGCCACUGAUUCUAUUCCUUGCUCAGAAAAUCUCACUCAAGCUCCAUUUUUGCUCAGUGUGAGUCAGUUACCAACAACGAGUUAUUUGCUGCUGAGUGGAGGAGUAGCCUCAAACACUGUUUCAUCUGUCACUGUAACAUCAGGUUGUCAACAACAACCAAUUCCUCAUGUUUUGGACCAGCCUAUUCAUCAUAUGUCUCACCCUAUCCAAGUACCUCAUAAUAUUCCGGGGCAGCUCAAUUUAUUUGCUCAUCCUAACUCUACAGAUCAUGAUCCUCAUAAAACACAGAUGGUAUAUUCUGAGGCACAGAAUUUUAUGCCUACUUCCUGUACACAGACUAAAACAGAUACGGGUCACGUUCCUCAUCUACGGAAUGUGUCAGCCGAUGAUAUACACGAUCUUAUACAUUCAUCAUUUCCUGUGGCAACAACAAACAAUUACGCUAACUUCCCACAAGCUAUGAGUGACAAUAACAAUACUGGGUUACCAUUGACAACAUCGGACUACAAUAUUCUGGAUAACUUAGAUUUUGAGAUUUCUGAAAUAGAAAAACUUUACAAUGAUCUUAGUAGACAGCCAGCGACUAAUAGUUUAAAAGGGGAUGGAAUGAAUAAAAAUAAUACAUGUGAUCAAGAAUUAACCAAUGAAAUUAACUUAUUUAACAGUGACCUUGUUCAGUCAUGUCAAGUUCAACCUGAACAAAAUUUUCCAGACAUAUCAGAAAUCUGUGAUAACAAGACUGUUAAUAAUGGUAAAGGGUUGUCAGGACAUAAUGGGGAGGAACACAAAAUCCUGGACUACUCUCCGGAGCGGUCAAAUUCUCAGGGAGGAGAGAAAGUAUUAGUUGUAGGACCAUGGUGUUCCUUGUCGUCUCAUUAUUUAUGUUUAUUUGAUAGUAAACCAGUUCCAACAACAUUAAUACAGCCAGGUGUACUGAGGUGUUAUUCUCCAGCUCACAAUAGCGGAGUAGCAUCAUUACAAGUCAGCUGUGAUGGUCAUGUGAUCUCUAAUUCAGUACCUUUUAAAUAUGUGUCACAUGAUGAUAAAAAUAAACACAAAAAUAACUGGUUCUCUAUUUCUGAUGAUGAACUUAAACUGUUGUUGUUAGAAAGAUUAUUUGUGAUUCAAGAAAAACUGAAGAAAACAAUGUCUCGUCAGUCUAUACAAAAGCUGAAAGAAGAAUUAAAAGCAGACCAUUUUGAAAAGAAGGUUGUUUUAUAUGUAAAAUCAUUAAUUUCCAAGCCCUGGGGCAACAUGACAAUAUUUCCAAAACAAGGGAAGCGUAACAUGACAUUACUUCAUAUAGCAGCAGCCCUUGGGUAUCAAGCAUUGGUUCAUACACUCAUUGUAUGGAGGACAGAUAACCCCUCCUGGGUACUAGAUUGUCAAGUGGAUUCUCAUGCAUUGGACGAUAUGUCAUGUACACCAUUGGUCUGGGCAUGUGCAAAAGGUUACAUAUCAACAGUGCAAUUCCUCUACCAUUGGAAUCCUGAUUCAAUACAUAUCAUGACCAAAGAUCAAUUGUCUCCCUUUGCAGUUGCUAAAAAAUUUGGUCACAUCUCAGUUGUCAAUGAGUUGUCUUCCCUUACAGGAAAAUCUAGCAGCCUGUCUUCCCCUUCAAAACAAAUAGAUUCUUCCAAGGCUUUUAAUACCCCUGCUGAUAAAAUGGAAGAUAACAGUGUGUUCAAGUCACCUAAUUCUGUGUUGGGAAGUCUACAUAUAGACAUUCCAGGCCAGUAUGUUCAGUCAAUGAAAAGCAAUAGACCCAAACAUUCCCUGCAAUCUAGUCGACGUAAACUUGCCAAACAUUUCUCCAUUGAUUGUACACCAGAAGACUUCAGCUAUACACCACCUAGUCAGUAUGAAAGGCCAGUACGGGAGACUAACUCUGAACCGAGACUCUGUUCUGUGUCAAGUGCUUUAACAAGUACAAAAAAUCCAAUGCUUUACAAUCCUGGAAGAGAUCUGACCUCACCAGACAUACUGAUUAAACCAGACGAGGACCACAAAACAGCAAUGGACCAUACUGAAACACCCUCAGUCCAUGUUACGGGAACUACUUGUGUAGAAAUGGAUACAGAUCUCGAUGACAACAUGUCUGACGUAUCCUUUUCCAGUCAAGGGAGCCCGAUCAUUGAUGUGGAACGCUUGUCUUCUGAUGACGAGGGUCGUGUGAAUAGAAUUAGAACGGAUAGAUUAUCUAUCAGUGGGGACAGCAGUGAGGAUGCUAAAAGACAGAUGGUUAACCUUGCUCAACAAAUCAUAGCGGCAAUGCCAAUGAGGAUAAAAUUGUCUCCCAGUCGUGUUGAUGAUGCUGCAGAGUUUGCUGCCCGUGAGAGGAGCAGUUCCUACAGCUCCAUACCCUCACAGCCAUCCCCCCAUGCUUCAUCAUAUGAAGAGGAUUCUGGGAUAUCUACUCCAAUGGGGGAUGGAUUUGCUUUUGAUGAAUACAGGUAUUCUGACCUUGGCACACCUGCUUCCUCUCUCAAUAGUCCAGAGUCUACAUGUAUUCCCAGUCCCUACAGUCCGUACGAUUUCAAGCUAGAUUCUCCACCUCCCACGACAGAAGAGUUCACAGAAUACUUUAAUGCUCCGGCCACGUUCAUGGAGAAAGAUUUCUCACUCCUUACAUUAUCAGAUCAAGAACAACGCAAACUCUAUGAGGCAGCUAAAUGCAUACAAAAAACUUACAGAAAAUUCCGAAACAAACAACAAAUGACUCAACAACAGAAAGAAAUGGAGGCAGCUGUUCUGAUACAGAAGUAUUACAGGCGAUAUAAACAGUAUGCAUAUUAUAAGAAGAUGACCCAGGCAGCUGUGUUGAUACAAAGUCAGUUUAGAAGUUAUUAUGCUCAGAAACGGUUCAAGAAGAGUCGAGAUGCAGCAGUGGUCAUCCAAAAUCAAUACAGGACGUAUAAAGAACAUGAACGUCUAAAGAAGGGAGGCAACAAAUCUGUCAUCAUACAACAAAGAUACAGGAGUCAUUACCAGAGAAUACCUAAGCAUGUAGGACGUAAUUCUGACGGACAAAUCGUACAGAUUGUCCCAGAGGGCCCUGACAGAGAGUGGAAAAUAGUCCAUGUUAGGAGGCACACAAGCAGACCAAAGCAACUCACCAGACAACAUAUUACAGCUAACAGACGAUAGCAUAACAGCUCCACCUAGUGAGGAGAAAUCAAGGGAGAGUAGUAAUCAUUGACACACAGAAACUUUACAAACAAAGAUGACCAGAUAAUGAACAAAGAAUAAGACAUGAACUUUUGAAUGGUUAAGGAUUUUAAAAUUUAAUAUUUGUAGUGUUCAGGUUUUUCCCUUAUAAUGCAUAAUUAUUGUAUUUUUGUCAAAUUAACAGAGAAUUAUUUUACUUUCUGUAUGUAAUAUGAUAGACUACAUAAAAAGUAGUAUUGGUUUAAACAAACUUUCAAUAGGUGCAGGUUAAUUUUGCCUGAAUUACUAUAGGAUAUAUUCCUUUACUAUAGAACCAUAGCAUGUUUUGCCUAGUAUUUAAGGUGGUACCCAACACUUUCACUAAAAUUAAUUUGGCUUGUUUAAUUUUCAUAAAAUUUUGUCAAAGUAUUUACUUUGUCCCUUUGACAAAAAUUUAAAAAUUUCAAAAAAUUUGAACCAACCAUUUUAUCAGAAAAAUUUCACUGAUUAUAUAGCAGUUUGACAGACACUAAUUUUGAUCAUUGAGAAGCUAAAUAUUCCUUUACCAGCACAAUGUAUUUAAAACGUUUACCUGAUUUUACAGAGUUAUCUCCCUGUAGUGUUAGGUACCACCUUAAUGAAUACAUUAUAUAAAUACACACAUUUUUGUUUAAACUGAGUUGUAAAAUAUGUAAUAUCAUUAUUCUCUACCUCUAUUUCUAAAUGACAGCUAUUAGAAUAAAAUAGAUUUAGGAAAGUAGAGUAUGAUUGGACUAUUAAAACUCCACAUGUGACAUACUUUAAAGUAAUUUUCUAAACAUCAAAUGGGAAAGCAAACAUAAACAUGAUCAAUAAGCCAUGGCAUGUUCUAACUGUUGAUAUCAUUAACUAAUGAUAGAUAAGAUUUCACCAUGACAAAGAGAGAGAGAGAGUGAGGUUUCAAAUUUUUGCACAAAUAUUUAGAAUGUUACAUUAAUAUACAUAGUCUUUGUCAAUAUUAAUUACUGUGAUUAAUAAUAAUAUUGUAAAAAUGAAAUCACCAUUUAUACUCUGGUUCCCUUCACCAAAUAGAUCUGACCUCUGGGUUUAGUCAAGGUCACUGCAAGUUUUGUAUUUAACAGCAACAUACUUGAGAACAACAUUUGCUAGCGUUAAUUUCUUUUUAAAGAAUUAAAAAUUCUCUAGUUGGUGUAGAAAAUGAUGAAAAUGGAUUGAAUGUAAUGAAAAACAAAUUAAUUUAGUAAUGUAAAAAGAAUGAUGAUUGAAUCCGUAUAAGAUCUUGAAAAGAAAAUUAAUGUUCUAGAGACAAUGCAUGUUAUUUAUUGUUUGAAAUAUAUAGUGAUUCAGUGAAUAUUGUAGCCUAAGAACAAAAUGGAGGAAUUUGUAGAUUUCCCUGUAAAUAACCUGUUAAGUUUAAAUAUUUUAAUGUUAUCUCCCUCCCUUGUUAGUGAAUAUAAACAGUUUGGAGCUCACUAAACAAAUAUAGCAUCAGUGUGGUUCUAUUAUUUAAUUAAGUUUUAGAAGAGUUAAAUUAAAAUGUAGAUUAAUGGAGAACAAGAAAAAAUCUAGCACUUGAGAGGAAAACCCUCCAAAAAAGGUAAAUUAUAUAACCUAGUUUUAUAAUUUAAAUAAAGAGUAUUUAAUAUACUUAAACAAUUUAAGCAAAACAUAAUAGUCUCAAGUUAAUUAAAUUGUCUUUGACUUGAAAGUACUUCAAUAAAAUUUCAUCAUGCAAAUUGAGUUUUCAAAAAUAAGGUUAAAUUUGUUGUGUGAGCUCUUUACUUGGAAGUUGUAUAUUUCUGAUUAAUAUAUUGUUCCUCCUAUUUAUAAAAUUUCCCCCUUUUGAUUGUUAUUGUUUUUUUUCUUGUUGUUAAAUUUAGAAUAUCUAAUUGUAAAUGGCAUAUAUGUUAAAUUAUGAGGUGUGUAAAUAUUUAAAUUUUUUGUAUUAAUUUUUUCAAUGUAUUACAUAAAUUAUCAAAUGUCUUUAUUGUCUCAAAUGGUAAAAUAUCUUUGUAAUCGCUCAUACUUGUUACGAUUUUUUUCGUCUCGCCUAUGUCUAAGUUGAUGAAACAAGACUUAGUCCUACUGUUUCUGAUAUCAGCAAUUUUGUGUUCUCUACGGCAAAAUAAUUGUUUAAAAAUGUGAUGAUAAGAAAGAUUCCUUCAAUGACUUUUUCCAUGACAAACAUGACUUGUUAUGCUGAGUUCACACGUAAUUCGAAUUCGAUUCGCAUUAACUAAUUUGAAUUAGUUUAAUUCGCUUUUGAAUCAUUUUACGUCCCAACGUCAAUUCUAAUUUAAAUUAAUUAAGAUGCAUGUCAAAUUCUCUUUACUGUCCAAAUGACGUUAACUUUUAAUUUGUAUCAACAAAAACGUAUUUCCAAUUGGAAUUGGGUAAUUCGAAUCAAUUCGAUUUAAAAAAAGAAGAGUGUGUGAACGCGAUUCGAAUUCAAUUCGAAUUAAAUGUCCAUGUAAAUGAGGCAUAAGAUGAUGGCCUUUUGUAAGCAUUGAUAUGAGCCAUAUCUACUGAUACAUACAAUAUUUAAUUUUGUUUACACAUUUUAAUAUUUAAAUAGUGUCAAAUUGAUAAGUUUGAUGGACCAAUUUUUGUCAGAACAGGAUUAAUUCAUCUUGUCCUGCUAAUGGAAAAUAAGAUUUAAUCAGUUCUGAAUUUAGUAAUUUUGUCUAAAUAAUAACACUCGUUAAGUGCCAGUCUGCCUAAGAAUCAGGCAGUGAUGAAAACAUGACCAAAAAACCCCACUCAAUUUGACAUUGAUUUCUGUUCAUAAUAUGUAGUUAUGCACAAAAAUAACAUUCAUUUCUGUUUUCUGUUCUGGUAAUAGAAGAUAAAAUUUGAUUGAAAUGCACUAGAAAUUAACAAAUAAGGGGAGAUAACUCUGUGAUUUGCUAUCAUUCUAACCAAUAUUCUUACAGAGUUAUUUGAUAUUACCAGACACACAAAAACGAAAGACUAAUAAUUUUUAACUCAGGAUGAUAGUUAGUAUUGAAUAGAAUGAUUAGCUCGGUGGGUUUUUUCUGAUCAUGUUUUGAUUUUUGCCUAAAUUGCCUGAGUCUUACAAAGACUGGCACUUAAAUCUUAUAAUGUUAUUCCCCAUUUAUUUGACAAUGUUAUUUAAAUAUGAAUUAACACCUAUAUAUUCAAUAAGCUCAAUUAUAACAAGAUAAGGGAUUAAAGACUAUAAGUGAUCUUUCACUAUAUUGUUAAAAAACACAGAAUCAAUGCAAAUAUACACAAAUUAUUGAAAAUACAAGUUAUUAGCAAUAAUUGAAAUUGUGGUUUUUUUUUCAUUUUUUGUUGUCGUGUUGUUGGCUAUUGUUUUUGUACUUAAUGAUAGUUCAGUAUUUUAUACAUUUCUCUGUGUAUUUUUUGUGUAUGUUACAUAUUUUUAUGACUUUAUUAAGAAAUAAUUUGAAGGAAAAGAAAACAGAUUUUUGAAGACAAUUGCAGUUGACUGAAAUUAUUACUUUUACAAUGGUGGUAUGCCUGAUUCUAUAUAAGACAGUCUUUUUGACUGAAUUCCUCAGGUUUCUGGAUAAAUUAAAAUGGUUCCUCAGGUUUCUGGAUACAUUAAAAUGGAAAGGAGGCAAACAUUUUUCAUAUCUUUUCUUUUAAAUUUUGAUUUGAACUUUUGUUCUGUGAUAAUUUUUCAUAUCAGACUACUUGAGUGAUAUGAUUUAUUUUUUUUGAGUAGAAAGAAAAUGCACAACAUCUUAUAUCUACAUCUAUGACAUUGUUUAGAAAAACAGAUUGUCAAUGGUUAUUCAAACUUGAGGAUAUUUUCACCCUUCAGUGAUAUUUAUAUAUUGUAGCUGAGUAACAUCCCAUUGUUUGGAAAACCAGGGAUAAUCUAUAAGAGGUACCAUUGAAGACUAUAUUUGGACAUUUUGACAUCUUUUAAACUUUAUUUUGUUUUGUUGGGUUGCUGUCUGAUUGGUGUUUACCUAAUGGGAUGGUGCUAUUACAAGGAACAUUACAUGGUUUACAUGAAUGUACCAUGUUAUAUAUGGGAGCAAGAAGUUUCAUAUCAGAAUAUCAAAUAGUCACAUGACCCAACUGUGAGAAACUGUUUGGUCACAUGACCCCAACUGUCACAAACUGAAUAGUCACAUGACACCAACUGUCAGAAACUGAAUAGUCACAUGACCCAACUGUCAGAAACUGAAUAGUUACAUGAACUAAUUGUGAGAAACUGUAUGGUCACAUGACCCCAACUGUCAGAAACUGAAUAAUCACAUGACCCAACUGUCAGAAACUGAAUAGUCACAUGACCCAACUGUCAGAACCUGAAUAGUCGACCCAACUGUCAGAAACUGAAUAGUUACAUGAACUAUUGUGAGAAACUGUAUGGUCAUAUGACCCCAACUGUCAGACACUGAACAGUCACAUGACCCAACUGUCAAAAACUGAAUAAUCACAUGACCCCAACUGUCAGAAACUGAAUAGUCACAUGACACCAACUGUCAGAAACUGAAUAGUCACAUGACCCAACUGUCAGAAACUGAAUAGUUACAUGAACUAAUUCUGAGACACUGUAUUGUCACAUGACCCCAACUGUCAGAAACUGAAUAGUCACAUGACCCAACUGUCAGAAACUGAAUAGUCACAUGACCCAACUGUGAGGAACUGUAAGGUCACAUGACCCAACUGUCAGAACCUGAAUAGUCGACCCAACUGUCAGAAACUGAAUAGUUACUUGACCCAACGGCCAGAAACGACAAAUACUUUUUUUUUCCUUGGUAAUAAAUGAACAAAAUUAAGUGGUUACAAGAUCAAUUUCUUAAUGUGAGAAUGUAUAUUCUUUAAUAUUAAUUAUUAUAAAUUGGACAAAUUAUUGGGAUCUUUUUUAUUUAUCCUUUGUUGUACUCUGUUUUGUAAGCAUUGAUCUGAGGAACAAAUAGUCUUGGUAUAAAGACACAAGUGAUAACUUAUUAUACUACAGGUACAUUUAAAUGAAACCAAUCAAUCAUUGACCAUUAUUUAAAAAAAAGUAAGUUUAUACAUUUUAUCAUAGGCAGCAAAACAUAACUGGAGGAAUUUUUUUUUCAAAAUUAUUAUUUAUUCAUAAAUUAAUUUUUUAGCAACUCAGAUUUAUUUAUUUAUCACUUCCCUAAUACUGAGAACUCAUUUAUACAAGGGUGGUAAACUUAGAUUAUUAUUACAGUAGGAGUUAAUGCCCUCUUUUUUUUUUAAUUCACCUCAUAAGCAUGAGAAACGUAUGAAUUACGUAGAAAAAAUAAAUAAAGCAUGGGUUCAAAUCCCAGCAGGGAGGUAAGAACAAAAAAUUUGCGAAAGCAAAUUUACAGAUCUAAAAUUGUUGGUUGAUGUUUAGACGAGUUGUAUUUUAUAUAUAUAUACAACUCGUCUAAACAUCAACCCAACAAUGUUAGAUCUAUAAAUUUGCUUUCGCAAAUUAUACAUUGUACAUUAAGAAUCUUUCAAAUUCAGAAGAACAUAUUUAUUUUUUACAGCUCAAUGAUUUGGUCACUUUAUAUGUUAUACAAAAUUUAGUAAAAAUUACAAUUAUCUCUUUCCUCAGAUCAAUGUGAUUGUAUUGUGAUAUUUUUCGUAUACUUUUCCUAUAUUUAUUGCAGCUUUUUGCAUUUUGUUGAUUAUUUUUUGUAUAUUUUUUAUAUUUAUUGAUAAUAGCCUUAAUCAUGCUUCAGUUUACCAUUACACAAUAAACUGCCUCUAUCAUCUGUUAAAA